AUGGCGACAACAUUCCUACUACCACUGCUCUAUGCCGGCGGAGCUUGUGCUCAGUAUGUCCCUGUGCCGUGGGCAUACACACAAAAUGAGCCUCCUGUUAAGGUCUCUGUUGACGCUACCGUUCGACAUCAGACGAUGAUCGGAGGUGGCUGCUCAGGAGCCUUUGGUGUUGCCUGCGACCAGACCGGAUCUCGAGGCCUCUCUCCUUCAAACCAACAGCUCGUCAGCGACUACUUGUUCAAUGAGAAUAUCGGAGGUCUUUCUGUCUUGCGCAACCGCGUUGGCUCGAGCCCUACGGACGGCAUUCUUGGCAGCUGUCCUACAUCCCCAUCAGCACCUGCCAAUUACUCAGGCUUGGGAGCGAACGAUUCCACCGCCGACAGCUGCCAGCUCAAGCUCACCCAACAAGCUUUGACAGCCAAUCCGGAUCUGUUCAUCUAUGCAGACGCGUGGUCGGCUCCAGGUUGCUUUAAGACCGAUGCCACAGACAUCAACGGUGGACUCAUCUGCGGCGUGCGCGGGACCAACUGCACCCACGAUUGGCGACAAGCAUAUGCUGACUACCUUGUGGAGUACGUCAGAUUAUAUGAAGAGAAGGGUAUCAACGUCAACUUGAUCGGUGCUUACAACGAGCCCGACUUCAACCCCGUCACCUACGCUAGCAUGGACUCCGACGGAUACCAGGCUGCCGACUUCCUCAAGGUUCUCUAUCCUACCGUCAAGAAGUACCGCGAGGACUUGAAGGUGUCCUGCUGUGACGCGACCGGUGCUCGUCAGCAACGUAACCUGCUUUAUGAGCUGGAUCAAACCGGUGGUGGAAAAAUGUACGAUGUCGCGACAUGGCACAACUAUCAAAGCAUGCCUGAACGACCUUUCAAUACGCAUGGUCAGCCAAAUAUGGAGACCGAGUGGUCAGACGGUAGCGGCCCAUUCAACACUACCUGGGAUACGACAGGCCAGCUAGCUGAGGGUCUGCAAUGGGCGAUCUAUAUGCACCAAGCCUUCGUGUACAGCGACACAUCCGGCUACCUCCACUGGUGGUGCGCACAAGACAACCCCGGAAACACCACCGGCAGCGACGCCAUCCUCGUACGUCUCCGAGGUAACACCUUCGAAGUAUCCCGCCGUCUCUGGGCCUUCGCCGGCUACUUCCGUUUCGCACGUCCGGGAUCUGUUCGUAUCGAUGCUAUCAGUCCUGCUGAGAACCUCAAGGUCACGGCAUUUGAGAACACGAAUGGUACGCUGGCGAUCCCGGUUAUCAAUGAGGCGCACUACGCAAGACAGGUUGAGGUUAGUAUUAAGGGCUGUAAUCUUACGAUGGGUGUCGCGAAUGCGUAUUUGGCGGAUAACGAGCACAAUAAUACGAUGGUUGGGAUGUAUGGGGUUAAUGGGUCAGUGUUUGUAGCUUCUGUCCCGCCGAGGAGUAUGACUACUUUCUUCUUGGAGUAG